CGCUGUUCCGGGGUCCCAGUUAUAUGUGAACGGAGACCUGAGGCUGCAGCAGAAGCAGCCCCUAAGCCAUCGUGGCCUAGAUGUUCGGUACAACGCCCUGAAAAACCUCCAGGCAUCUCCCAUGGAUCUGUGACCGAGGUGGGCAGCUCUCCCAGCAGCCCUGGACAGCAGCCCCCGGCCGGCGGCAUGUGGCUGCGGCGCAUCUCCAGCACCGCGGUGACCGCGCUCCUGCUGGCGCAGACUGGCCUCCUGCUCUUCCUAGUCUCCCGGCCCAGGCCGCCGUCCCCGGUGGGUGGCGAGGAGAGGGUGCAUGUGCUGGUGCUGUCCUCGUGGCGCUCGGGCUCGUCCUUCGUGGGCCAGCUCUUCAGCCAGCACCCCAAUGUCUUCUACCUGAUGGAGCCUGCGUGGCACGUGUGGGCCGCUUUGUCGCAGGGCAGCGCGGUGGCGCUACACAUGGCGGUGCGCGAUCUGGUGCGCUCCGUCUUCCUGUGCGACAUGGACGUGUUCGACGCCUACCUGCCGUGGCGGCGCAACCUGUCGGACCUCUUCCAGUGGGCGGAGAGCCGCGCGCUGUGCUCGCCGCCCGCCUGCAGCGCCUUCCCGCGCGGCGCCAUCAGCAGCGAAGCAGUGUGCAAGCCGCUGUGCGCACGACGGCCCUUCGGCCUGGCCCAGGAGGCCUGCCGCACCUACAGCCACGUGGUGCUCAAGGAGGUGCGCUUCUUCAACCUGCAGGUGCUCUACCCACUGCUCAGCGACCCGGCGCUCAACCUGCGCAUCGUGCACCUGGUGCGCGACCCGCGGGCUGUGCUGCGCUCGCGCGAGCAGACGGCCAAGGCACUGGCCCGUGACAACGGCAUCGUGUUGGGCACCAACGGCAAGUGGGUGGAGGCCGACCCGGACCUGCGUGUGGUGCGCGAGGUGUGCCGCAGCCACGUGCGCAUCGCCGAGGCCGCCAUGCGCAAGCCACCGCCCUCCCUGCGCGGCCGCUACCGCCUGGUGCGCUUCGAGGACCUGGCACGGGCGCCUCUGCCCGAGAUCCGCGCGCUCUACGCCUUCGCAGGCCUGAGCCUCACGCCGCAGCUUGAGGCCUGGAUCCACAACAUCACCCACGGGGUCGGGCCAGGUGCCCGCCGUGAGGCCUUCAAGACUACGUCCAGGGACGCGCUCAACGUCUCGCAGGCGUGGCGCCACACGCUGCCCUUUGCCAAGAUCCGCCGCGUGCAGGAGCUGUGUGCGGGCGCACUGCAGCUGCUGGGCUACCGGCCAGUGUUCUCUGAGGACGAGCAGCGCGACCUCGCCCUGGACCUCAUGCUGCCGCGCGGCCCGAGCAGCUUUAGCUGGGCAUCGUCCACUGCCCAGCACUCCGGGCCGUAGCAGAGGCCCCCAGCUGUGGCUGGCGGUUGCCAGGAGACUCACGCGUGGUGGGGAAGGAGCUGGGGCGCACGAGGCCGGGAGUUUGGGAGGUCCCCCACGUAGUAGGAAAGGACCGGGUCCGCAGACUAUGUUUCUUUCUCCCCACUUCUUGUUUUUCCUUUGAAUCCUCUUUAGGAGCUAGAUUCCCGCCACACACACUCUUCAUGGAAAGCAGACUCGUGCCCCCACUUCCUCUGGGCGCAGGGAAUAAGUUCAGAUGACUUGGCUCCUACUCCAGCACUUUCUUUCCCCUUAAGUCUCUGUUGGGAUGCCUCAUCCUGCAGCUGAGAAGGCUGUCCCGGCCCUGCCUGGGAGUGGAGGGACGCUGUGGUGAGCUGGUCCCUGAAGUCGGUACAUCUCCCCCUAUAACACCCCGUGCCUCUGGCACCACACACCACCAAAGCCAGUGCUUUUAUAUUCACCUGUAUCUUCAGUAAGAAAUCAGCCAAGGUGCCUCUAUCUUGUGGUCUCCCCUUAGUCUCUCUCUACCCCAAUCUCCUGGGAGCCCACAUGCCCCCAUCACCU